UUUACUUUAAAGACAGAAUACGGAGAAAUGGCGCGUUUAUUCACUCUGCUCUUCGUUCUCUUUCCGUUUCUCAACCCUUCCUCCUGCAAAACUCUCAAACGCGACGUUAAAGCACUGAACGAAAUAAAGGCGUCGUUAGGGUGGAGAGUGGUUUACGCUUGGGUAGGUGACGAUCCUUGCGGCGACGGAAAUCUGCCGCCCUGGUCUGGUAUCACCUGCACUCUCAUGGGUGACUAUAGAGUUGUCACCGAAUUGGAAGUUUAUGCAGUGUCGAUCGUGGGGCCGUUUCCCGUUCCGGUCACAAAUUUGUUCGAUCUUACAAGACUUGAUAUGCAUAAUAACAAGCUGACCGGACCGAUUCCACCUCAAAUCGGACGGCUCAAACACCUUAAAAUACUUAAUUUGAGAUGUAAUAAGCUACAAGAUAUUCUUCCAUCUGAAAUUGGCGAGCUUAAGAGUCUAACACAUCUGUAUCUGAGCUUCAACAAUUUUAAAGGGGAGAUCCCGAAGGAGCUUGCGAAUCUAUCGGAGCUUCGGUACAUACAUCUGCAUCAAAACCGGUUUUCAGGCCGGAUUCCGGCAGAGUUAGGCACUUUGGAGAAACUUCAGCACUUGGAUGUCGGGAACAAUCAUUUGGUGGGUACUAUAAAACAACUCAUAAGCCUGUAUGGUUGUUUCCCGUCGCUUCGAAACCUUUACUUAAACAAUAACUACUUAACGGGAGGAAUUCCGGCGAAGCUAGCAAGUUUGACCAAUUUGGAAAUCUUGUACCUAUCCUACAACAAACUUUCAGGAGAAAUACCAUCUAGCAUUGUUCAUCUCCCACAGUUGACAUCUUUGCAUUUAGAUCACAAUCAAUUUGUAGGAAGAAUUCCUGAAAAACUCUAUAAGCAUCCCUUCCUGAAAGAAAUGUACAUUGCGGGAAAUUCGUUCCAGAAAGGAGCAAAAUCCAUCGGUGUCCCGAAAGUCCUGGAACUUGCUGACUCAGAAUUCCUAGUUUAGAGCCUAACGAGCUAUAUAAAAUUCUUUAUUCUUUAUAUCAGCUAUGGAAAUUUUGAUUAUAUAUUUGUCAAGACACUGAUUUAUCUAGUACUCUAGCAAUGGAAAUAAACAGACACUGAUUUAUCUAGUACUCUAGCAAUGGAAAUAAACAGGUUUACUUCGAGUCAUAUUUAAAAAGAAAUAGGAGAUUAUUAGUUUCUUCCAUAAUAGACAGAAGCAACAGACAAUUUACCAUUGGCCAGAAUAAGGAAUAGCAAAAUGCAGGCUUAAAUGGCCAACAUUGAACCGAGAAGAGGAGAUCAGGCAACAAGCUAUUAGCAUGUUUAUGCUAUUACAUGGAUUUAGAGCUAAAGGUGGCUGUUUUCCCCAGCAAUGAACUCAUGAACUUCCCCAUUGAUCUUGAUAGAGCUGCAACCUGGUGCCUUAUUCACACCCCGGCUUUUCAUCAUCUGUUUUAUUCUUUUGGCAUCAUAAUGUUUCCCGGAGGAUG